CAACAAGUCAGUAUUAGACAUCUUCAUAAGAAAAAAAAUAUUUCUUCUCAAGAGCAUUCUAUCAGUUCUUUCAGGAAGAAUUAAACGUUUUAUCAAGUACAUUAAACUUGUUAAGGAUAUCAACUCUUACCAUCAUGGAAACAUUAUCACCGGCCGAACUUCAAACGGAAGAUGUUCGUGCAGCCAUGGUUUUGCUUUCCAUGAGCAAUAAAACUUUGGGAUACGAAGAAGCCAAAAGUUUGGAAAAGAGGAAAAGAAAAUCUCUUCUUCCCAAGGAAACAGAAAGACCAAAAAGGAUAAAUCCAUAUUUAGCUUAUAGCAUUGAUGGGACCCUGUUGUCAAGAUAUCCUCCAAAUUUGGAGGGCAUAGUAGACAUUGAGGCUUGCAGCUUUCCCUUUGAGAAGCAACUCACCCCUACAGAUGUGAAGGAAGACCAAAAUCGCCUUUGUUUGAAUAAGGACAAGGUGAUAAACCUGAUUUUGCCAUUGAUGAAUGAUGAUGAAGAUCCCAUUAAUGGUAUUAUAGUGACAACUUACGACUCUUAUGGGGUAGAGUAUGAGAUGACAUUUAAGAGCUGGUCAGAUAAUAAAUUCUAUGUUCUCAAUGGAGGGUGGAAGAAGUUCUUUCAAGACAAUGAGUUGAAGGAGUAUAAAAGUUGGGUCACUAUUUGGAUGUUCCGCCAUAGUCAAACUAGAAAAAAUUGGUUUGCCUUGAAUUGGAAGACAGUGGACACUUAGGAUUUUACAAAUCCUAAGUGUCUUAAUAAAUCCAACAAACCCAAAUAUCAAAAGAAAACAUGAUAUUAUUCUUGUAUUUAUUAGUUUACUUAUGCUUGUAUGUGUUGUAUCCUUUUAAACCUUAUUUCCCAAUAGAGUAUAAUACUAUUUUUGUGUAUUUGACGGACUAAGU